AUGCUGUCCCAAGUACUACGCUUUACUUUCCCAGCCGGGUCCACCAUAUCAUCGGCAGCAUUCCUGAAACUUCGCCAGCAAAUUGCUACAGCGGGCGCAGCAUCCCAAUACUAUGGCUACACUACGCCAACUAGAGUCUUGAGUCUACCUAGAAAGCGCCAUGAGGUUUGUUGGGUCAUUCACCGAAGCGCUGUGGCCGAAGGAUUAAUUAGCACUGGUAUUACAGAUGCAACAUCUUUGGAGUUCGAAUUCACUGAAGCCCAAUUGGAACAUUUGACCAAGGCGCUCGACGCUCCCAUUUGCGAAUUUGCUUGUAUCCGACUGAGAGAUGACGCCCCAUUAGAAGACGAGGCUCUACAGAAAUCAAUGCACAAAACGUAUUCCGACACUUACCAAAUUCUAGGAUUUACUGGCGGCUAUUGGGCAUACGCUCUUAACUCCAACGAAACCGCGGGCGUACCUUGCAGCAGUCCUGCUCCGGAAACAAUUCCCAAGUCCCACCGAAGACUCGGAGUUUAUUAUCUGGGAUGGGAUAGCAUUGAGUUGCACGAAGAUGGGUCCCAAACGGAAGCCUUUUCCGAGGAGAUUGACAAAUUACAGCCAUAUUUUGGACCGGGAUCAGGUGCUUUUUACACGAUGCUUCGCCAACAUAAAUAA